CCCUUUGGUUUAUUUUUGAUUAACUGAAACAAUUUUGCAAAUAACUGAAACAAUUUCACAAUUGCAGUUGUACCAGAAGUGACGAUUAUUGGUGUUCAAGUACAGUUUGUGAUUAAAGGAAGACAAUUACUGUUGACAUGUCAGUAUAAUGCUUUGCCACCAGUGUCUGAAGUGCGGUGGGAAAAAGCUGGAAUUGUGAUAGCAAGAAAUGCUAGUGUGGAGAGUAAUGACUCACGAGUGACUAUUCCACAUUACAAUCAAAGUCAAGGACAGCUGGCAAUAAAUGCAACUACACCACAAGAUGCUGGGUAUUACACCUGUGUCGUUAUUAAUGAUGCUGGUAAUUCAUCAGAUACCAAAUCAGUUGUUAUUCAAGUGGAACCAAACCCACCAUUGAAUGUGGCAGUUGGCUCAAAGAGCGCUCGAGUAGUGAACAUUUCCUGGAUUGCUGGUUUUGAUGGGAACAGUGCAAUUCAGAACUACACAGUAAAGAGAAGUCUAGAUAAUGCAGACUUUGAAGAUCCUCUCUGUCAAGGAUCCCUGUCAGAUAGUUCCUGUGUGGUGCCCAGUACAAAUGCUUCUCUUGAAAACCUCUCCCCUUGGACAUUAUAUUACUUUAAAGUGUUCGCAAGAAACAUGGUUGGCACUAGUGAUGGGAGUCCUGUAGUGAAUGCUACCACAGAUGAAGAAGAGCCUGGUGUUGCACCUGAAAAUGUGACAGGACAGAGCAACAGCUCAACCAGCAUCUUAGUCAUGUGGGAUAAAGUUCCAUCUGAUCAACAGAAUGGCAUCAUCACGGGUUACACCAUUACUUACCACUCACAAACAGAAAAUGACAAAGGGAAUGUUCUAGCUGGUCCUGAUGAUCGUCAAAAGGAAUUGGCAAAUCUAAAGGAGUGGGUCAACUACAAUAUAACAGUGUUUGCAUCUACCGUCAAAGGAGCUGGACCAGCCAGUGAUCCUGUUAUUGUUGUUCGAACAGAUCAGGAUAAGCCUGCAGCUGCACCAGUCGAUGUGAGAGGGCAUAAAAGCAGCUCAACCAGCAUUUUUGUUCAGUGGAAUGAAGUUCCAGCUGCUGAUCAGAAUGGUGUCAUCUUGACUUACACUAUCACCUAUCAGUCACUAACAACGAAGCACAAUGGCAGUGUUACAGUCAACUAUCCAGAACUUCAAAAGAAUGUGACACAUUUACAAGAUUAUACAAACUACAGCAUACGUGUGUAUGCAUCCACUGAGAAGGGAAAUGGACCUUCCAGUGAUCCUAUUGUUGUCGUCACCGAUCAGGAAGAACAACCCACUAUCACUGUACAACCACAAGCUCAUGAAAAAACUGAGGGAGACACCGUUACUUUAUCUUGUAAGGCUGAUGGUAAUCCAGUACCGACAAUAUCAUGGACUGUAAAUGGGUCCCCAAUAAGUGUAAGAGACAAUUCCAGGAUCAGUUUUUCAGAAAACAAACAGCAGUUGACAGUAAGGAAUGUGGAAAGAACAGACAGCGGAGUCUACAGAUGUGUGGCGAGCAACAAAUUUGGAAAUGCUACAUCCGAUGCUGCUUCACUGGAUAUUCAAUUUGCACCUGAGAUCUCCAAACGUCCAAAGGAUACUCGGGCAGUGGAAGGACAAGAUGUUGUUUUCCACUGUUUGGUAGAAGGAAAUCCAAAACCGAGUGUUGGGUGGACAAAAAAUGAAGAAGAAUUGAAUUUAGCAGCAAAUCCACGACUAAGCUCAGCUAUAAUAGACGACACACAUAAUUUGACAAUAACUGAUGUUCAUCUACCAGACGCUGGUCAAUACAGAUGUCUAGCUAAUAACAGUGUCGGUCAAACUACUUCAUCUGCCGCGACGCUUAUAGUGGAAGAAUAUUGUAAGUAUUGAAGCCAAUUCACCAAUCAAUCAAAAACCGCGGCAAUGGAUUUUCAUCUUUUUCGACUUCAAUAGGAAAGGGAAUUUGUUAAUUUUCCAAUGCAAGCAAGUUGCAAGCAAGUUUGCUUGGCUGAAAUUACCAGCUCAUGCUUUCGGAGCGAAGGGUACAGUACCUUACGGAACUUUACGACUCGAGAUGUGCCUUAACGAAUUCUAAUUCACAAGCCGGAUUUCUGGUGCAUAGAACCAAACCUUAAGCAAAAACACGGUAACCCAGAUUUUUAACGCAAAAAUUAGAACCGUGCCUUAAUUUACCUAAGUUCACAACUCAUAUUACCAAUUUAACAUAUGAAUUGUGUGUUACAGAAAUUCGUAACUUGGAUGUUUCAAUGUAAGCUGAAAUCUGAGUUGCUCCUCAUUUGAAUUCACGACACGCAUUUCCACUGUUCAAGGAGUGCUUUGUGGAAAUGCACAGGUCGAACUUUCAAAGUGUGAGUUAUAAGAACUUGCUAACCGGAGUUUUUACUUCAAAAAUUCAGAUUUGCAAGUAUGUCACUAAAAUUCACAACUCGUAUUCUUACUCGUAAGUGUCAAAAAAUCGGAGUUGCGUUAUUCGAAACAAAGCAAAAUUACAGCUGUGUUGCAUUGUAUUUGUUACAAAGAUGCACUACUUGAAUUUUGGGAUGAACUUCAAAUCCUUGAGGUGCUUUAUCGAAAUUUACAAUUCCGAUUUCCAUGGCAGAAAUCCGAAUUGUGAAUUCAUUGCAGCAAUGUGAGACCCAUGCCAAUUUUUGCUUAAAACAUUAGAUUUGUGCUUUAUUGAAAUUUCCAUCUGUAAUUUUGAUUUAAAAUUGCUAGUUUAAGGUUUUGUGAGUUGUUUUUUCAACCAGGCCCAGGAUUCGGCUGGAAUGCUUCUUUUUUUGAUAAGAUG